AUGCCCUGUGGCCAGCUUGAAUCCAGGGUGGGCAAGAUAUUUUACGCCAAAGCUCAGGCUGCGCAAGGAAUACACGCCGGAUGCAAAGCAAAGAUUGACAAUCGCUCUCUAGAUGACUGGAUGAGCCCAAGUAGCUUGCUAGACGAGAAAUGGCAAGUGAAUUUUCUCCAAGCUCUAACCACUUCAAAGCCAUGGAUUCAUCCGGGUGACAGCAACAAGAGCAGGUUGGUGAAAGAACUCCGUUGGGGAGGUAUAAUGUUUGGCACCUUUACAAGGGAAGAGCUCACUACUCUGCAACAAUGGAUCGAUUCUCUAAGACCACACCGCAUUCCGUUUUAUUUUGAGUUUGUUGGUCUUUCAGAGGCCGCCAAUUGCCGGGGCUGCAGAAACUCGAGUACGCCUCAGGCAUUAUCUGGAUCAUCGGAUUCCACAGACCUGACAGAUGAGAUUGCACCUUUGCUCCACCACCCGCAAUUAUCAGCCCAGUGGGAAUUCAGUGCGGGUGAUCUUAGUUUACUACUGUUGCUGCCUAUUUGGUUCUCUCAGUGCAGUCUCCUGGAGUCCUUUGUAUACUCUCCGGGGAGGACCGCAGACCCAAUGGGUUGCGCAGUGGUGCGCUUGUUACGAGCUCAACUUGAGUUUGAGAUGGAGCAUACGAUGGUCACAGGGAUAUAUGAGUCACACACCGAAGAAGACAAUGGUAUUGUUGGAAUCGGCCUGGAGAUGAUUAAACGAGCCUCUUUGCCUGUUCCCCCUGAUCUGGCGAUGCUCCUCGCUCGUUGGCCCUCUAGAUUCGCAGACAAGAUGCUUCAGCUGUCUUCAAAACCACUCCAAAUUUUGGGUAUUCUACUUGGUAUCUCCGCGGCUCUGGUUGAGCUCCAGGGGGUCAUCGCAGAAGCCCCUGGCGCUGGACUGGUUUCGCCGGAAAGUUGCGUCCAUUUGCAGGCUCUUUUCUGUCGACAGUACCACUAUUUGCAAGAGUGCCGGCAACACAUAUCCACAUUGUGGGAAUUUGCUCCUGGAUUAUUCGCGUGGGUAUGCUAUGGCAAAAUCAGAGAUUGGCGAUUGUGUCAAGGUCAAUAUGCAGAAAUCGAGGAGAAAUAA